UUUCGAAAAAUUCCCCUCCCCACGGGGAAAGUGUUACACAUUUAUAAUAGAUACAUUUUGAGCCACAACGUGUGGCGGGGUCUGCUAGUAUUUAAUAAAUAAAUAUUUAUUUAUUAAAACCAUUAUUUAUAAAUUUUUAUAUUUUUGAUGAAUGCAAUUCCAAUGCUACUUUAACAUUAUUAUUCAAAUUAGCUAUUAACUAAAGUAUAACUAAUAUUAUAAAGUAUAAAAAUUCCCUGUACCUUUCACAUCUUCAUAAACUCUUCUAAGAUUUAUCUAUUCCUAUUGCUUACAUUAAAAAUGGAUAGAGUAGUGUCUGGACAGGUAGUUGUUGAGUCAUGCCAUAAUAAAUGUCAUUUAAAAGACUGCCCAUAUUUACCAAGUGAAGUCAUUCAAUGUGUUUACAAAUAUCCUUUGAAAAUAAUAAUACCUAAAUAUGCAGCAACUGGUUGUUGCAAAUGGAUUUAUUCUUUAAAUUAUGGUGGUGGUUUUGUUUCCGGAGAUUCAUUCAAAAUUGAUGUGAUUGUUAAAGAAAAAUGUUCUGUUUUAUGGACAACACAAUCUUUCACUAAAGUAUAUAACUGCAAAAGGAAUAAAGAAUGUAAACAAGAUAUUAUAUAUACAGUAAAUUCAGAAAGUCUACUGUGCAUCUUACCAGAGCCUGUUGUUUGCUUUAAAGAUGCAAAAUAUAAACAAUAUCAAGAAGUAAAUCUUGACUAUGAUGGAAAUCUUGUACUGUUGGACUGGUUUACAUCAGGUCGAAAAGCUCAUGGUGAACAUUGGGACUUCGAAAAAUAUCAAAGUACUACAAUAAUUAAAUUAGCUGGAAAAAUCAUUUUGAAAGAAAAUAUUUGUCUUCAAGAUACACCAUUUCUUUUGAAAAGAGAUGCCAACAAAAACUAUGCAUUAUUUGGAAUAUGCAUCAUAAUUGGAUCGAAAUUUUCCAAGUUAAUAAUGUACUUGUUACAAAAAUUACAAUUAAGAGAACCAUAUGAUGUGUUCUCUCAGUCAAAACUGGAUAGUUUCAAGGUGGUGUUUGAAAUUACAUUGUUGACCACCAAUUUUCUAGCACUCUUGGUUCCAGAGCCUUGUCAGACCAAUCAAGAUCACAUAAUAGCAACCCAAUAACACAUCUUGGAACACUUAUUAUGUUACUUGUAUUCUGAUAAAUGGAAUUCAAAACAUCAUUAUUUAUUGUUACCUUUUUUAACAUGGCAAGCAAUGUAUAGGUUUUUACUCAAAGAUGAAUAAAGGAAUACUCAUUAAAAAUGAGAA